AUGUCUGGAGAAUCCGCCACCGCUAUUCACAAGGGUCAAGUUGAUCUCUUAGGCUUCAUAGAUUGGAUUGGUGUUGAAUGCCUCAAUCAAAGCACCACUCUCUCUGUUUCCAGUGCUAUCAAACAGGGUUAUAGAGAAGAUAAAGGUUUUUAUCUAGAAAUUGAUGCAUAUGAACAGUUUUUGCUUUAUAUUGCUUUCACCCAAGUUAUUAAACUUUAUUCCAUUAUUGUCAAAGGUCCUGAAGAUAAAGUUAACCACUUAAUCAUUCACAUUAUAGAACUAAACUACAUUAUUAAUUUUGAAAUCUCAAUUGUUCUAGAACUGAUGGAGGUGCUGAAAGGGAACAAGGAUUACUUCAGAUACUGUAGGAAACUUUGGAACAAUCUCACAUGUAGCGCCGGCGUGCUUCUCCGUCAACCUUCUGUUCCACUCCUAUGCCGCUCUGUUGCGGUGCUACUUUUAUGUUUGCUGUCUGUAAGGUAA